UUUUGAAUAAGUUGUCCACUCGGGUUCACAUGCAGCACGUUUCCCUCAUGGCUGGCAGCUCGAACGCAGAGAAACUGGAGCUGGUGGCUCAGAGCAUCAGAUCUUUCCCGGAUUUCCCUUCUAAAGGGAUUUUAUUCUGGGAUAUCUGCCCCAUCCUAAAAGACCCCAGAACUCUGACCGCUGUUACAGACCUGUUCGAGGAGCAUGUCAGAAAAAACUUCCCUCAGGUGGAGCUGAUUGUAGGUCUGGAUGCCAGAGGGUUCCUGUUUGGGCCUCUUUUGUCUCAGAGGUUGGGGAUAGGAUUCGCUCUGGUCAGAAAGAAAGGGAAGCUUCCAGGUCCCACAGUGGGUGUAGCGUAUGACCUCGAGUACGGAAAGGCAGAAGCAGAGAUACAGGCAGACGCUGUGGCACCAGGACAGAAGGUUCUCAUCAUUGAUGACCUGCUUGCUACUGGAGGGACGCUGUUUGCAGCAUGUGAGCUGAUGAAGGAACAGAAGGCUGAGGUUCUGGGCUGUUUGGUGGUGAUCGAACUGAAAGAGCUCAAAGGAGCUGAAAGACUGAAGCCUAAUUCUGUAUAUUCUCUGGUGCAACAUUGACCAAAUGUGUCCAGUCCAACAGCCUGUUCUGUUUUGCAUCCGUAGAGCAGUGGUCAUCGUCUCCGCAGCCGCAGAUCUAUCUUUAAGUCAGCUGAAUGAGGUGGAUCUCAACACGGAGAUGAUGACUACUGCUAUAGUUUAGUCUGUGUUUACACUGAUGAUUCACACAGAGCACAUUCUUCUUUUUUAAGUUUUAUUACUGAUAUGCCAAGUCAUUAGACUAGCAUCAUGUUCAUGAAAGUUAAAGAACGCAGUUUUUACCUGUGGGAUAUGUGGGUGGAUUUGGGGCAUCAGCCUUGUAUGUCCAUGUAGUUUCUGCCACUUCAUGAGCAAUUUGCAAACUGCUGUCCCAUGACUUUUGGCAUGCUAUUGUACAAAUAAAGGUGCUUCAAAUGGUUCCUUUGGAAAACCA